UUGCCAAUUACAGAAUCAAACACCAUGUCUUCCUUAUUCGACAUCAAGGAGCACACCAUCGAAGCCUCCUACAUACGAGAAUACGCCCGCGCAACCUCGCACUCCCAAGAUGAGAAGCUAUUGUUGCACGUAAAGCAGUACAUCCCCAAGGACAACCCAAACCCUCAAAAGGGCGACGUGACUCUCAUUGGUGGACAUGCCAAUGGCUUUCCCAAGGAACUAUAUGAGCCCCUAUGGGAAGAACUCUAUAAUGAAGCCAAGAGCCGGAACCUGCGGAUUCGUAGCAUCUGGAUAGCUGACGCAGCCUGGCAAGGCCAGAGCGGCCUUAUCAACAAAGAUGCCCUCGGCAAUGACCCAAGCUGGCUCGAUUAUGCCCGUGACAUUCUCCAGAUGAUAAACACAUUCCGCCCUCCUCCGCCAAUCAUGGCAGUAGGCCACUCCUUUGGUGCCAACGCCCUCACAAAUGUCGCCCUCCUCCAUCCCCGUCUCCUUACUUCUCUUGUGCUGCUCGACCCCGUCAUAUCACACUUUGCAUCUACACCUGUGGUAAAGGGGUUCGGUCCAGCAGCCAUCAGCACUUACCGCCGUGAAGUAUGGCCCUCUCGCGCCGAGGCCGCGGCGUCCUUCAGCCGCAGCCCCUUCUACCAGGCAUGGGAUCCUCGUGUCCUUGAACGCUGGCUGGACUAUGGUAUCAGGAAAGUCCCCGGCGAGGAGUCUGUCACAUUGACAACUACCAAGCACCAAGAAGUCUUUACCUUUCUCCGCCCUAGCUGGGAAGCAUACGACGCCCAGGGCAAGCAACUCAUCAACCCAGAUCUCACACCAGAUCUAGACCCCAGUCUCAACGAGCGGUGGCCUACGUAUCCCGUCUACCGCCCCGAGGGCCCCAACACCCUCGCCCGCCUCCCGCACGUCCGACCAAGUGUUCUCUACGUCUUUGGCGGCAACAGUGACCUCUCUCCACAAGAACUUCAGGGCGAAAAGAUGAAGCUCACGGGCUCUGGCGUUGGCGGCAGCGGCGGUGAGGCCAGAGGCCGUGUCAAGAAGGUUGUCGGUGAACAAUACGGACACCUGAUCCCUAUGGAGAACCCUCGCUUCUGUGCGAGUGCCGCGGCCGAGUGGAUCAAGGCCGAGGUUGACAGAUGGUGGGUGGAUGAGCGCAAGUAUCACGAGUGGACGCUCAAGUCAACCGAGGAGAAGACGACCAUCUCGGAUGAGUUUAAAAAGUAUGUCGGAAAGCCAGGUGGCCGCCAGACCAAGGACCAAGUAAAGGCAAAGAUAUAG